AUGCGUCUGGCAUUUUGGUCUCUUGUCAUCGCUACGCUGAGUAGCGGUAUUCACGCCUCUAAUAGUGAACCUGACUGCAAGUGUGGGCCCUCUGAUCCUUGCUGGCCGUCUUUGCAGGAGUGGGAUGCACUCAACAAAACUGUUUCAGGGAGGUUGCUGAAAACCGUCCCUCCGGCCGUGGUCUGCUAUAGAUCCCGCGAAGAAUACAACGUGGAGAAGUGCAAGAAAAUCCUUAAUGAGUGGACCACGGAUACCUUCCACUCUGGUAAUCCGUUCAGUGUUCAUGACCCGACUUGGUCCUGGGACGCCUGUCCACCUCUCUACUCGGAUGGAACUGGUAUCAGCGGAGACCCUGAUGCUGAAUCCAAGGGCUGUUCUCUCGGUACACUCUCACCCUACGUCAUAAAUGCUACAACAGCAAAACACAUUCAAAGCGCAUUGAAGUUUGCCACCAAGAAAAAUCUCCGCAUCAAUCUCAAGAACACUGGCCACAACCCGGAAAAGAGUUCCGCCUAUGGCAGCCUCGGGAUCUGGACUCAUAACAUGAAAGAUUUCAAGUUCCACAAGUCUUUCAAAUCUUGUGCGAAUGCUGAACGUCAUAUGGCUGGCACUGUUGGUGCUGGUUUCCAAGAUGGUGAGCUUUUUGAGGCGAUGAGCAAGCAUGACGCUAUCUCCGUCGGUGGAACCAAUAUGGAUGUGGGUGUUGCUGGUUGGUCCAUGGCCGGUGGUCAUGGAUACGGCAGUGGUAUCUAUGGCAUGGGAGCUGAUAACAUCAUUGAAGCAGAGGUUGUCACUCCUCAGGGUGAUUUGGUGAAGGUCAAUGAAUGCGAAAACCAAGAUCUCUUUUGGGCGAUUAGAGGAGGAGGUGGCAGUACCUUCGGUGUCAUUAUCAGCAUGACAGUCAAGGCCUAUCCUAUGCCAUCCGUUGCUGUUGUCACAUUUGACGUUUCGCCCAAAAACGGAACUUCACCCAAGCAAUGGUGGCAUACAGUGGCACGUGUUCACCAAGAGAUGGCCGACUUACAGGACUUGGGCUACGCCGGCUAUUACACAAUUACUGGCAACCCUAUGCUCUGGCAUAACACUGUCUUCGUUUACAAUGCCACAGGUGCUGAUGAUGCAAGGAAUAAAACCCUUCCACUGGAAAGCGCACUGAAGAAGGUUGAUUCUUUUGUUGAUACUGAGAUAUCUCAACUAUAUAUGCCCAGUUGGUACCAGCUUAUCCAAAAGCUGGGCUCGUUGACAGAGUCCACCGAGACGGGUAAAACACAAAGCAUCCGUGCUUCAAGACUUAUUACUCGGAAGGCUAUUGAGGAUGUCGAUCUUUUUCCACGAACAUUGGAGAAUGUCGGCCCUAAGAUAUUUGAGCCUAAGACUGGUGUCACCCACCCUAAGCUUUCAGGAACAAUGACGAUUGGAAAGACGCCCGUGGAAAAUGCCCUGAACCCGGUCUGGCGCGACACCGUUGUCCACCUUAUCUCAGAGCAGAGGUGGAACGACACACUACCAAACGAUAUCGCCGAGAAAACAAUUGAUAGCAUGGUCUGGGACAAAGGCUAUGCUCUCCGUCAGUUGGCUCCUGACAGUGGUGCAUACAUCAAUGAGGCGGACCCCUAUGAGCCGAAUUGGCAAUGGUCGCUAUUUGGACCCAACUACCAUCGUCUUCUUUCUAUCAAGGAGAAGUACGACCCGGACAGCCUAUUCUGGUGCCGAAACUGUGUUGGUAGUGAGCAGUUCGCUCAGAAGAACAACGGUUCUCUAUGCAGGGCUGUUUGA